UGCUCUACGCCGCGGGGGCAAAACCCGGAGGAGCUGCCCCAGCCAGAAGAGCGGCCCCCGCAGCCUUGCUGCGCAUGCUCACGCCGUGACCCCGGCCUGAGGUGACGGCGCGAGCUGAGGCGGGGGCCCUCGGCACAGAGGCUGAGGGACCCGUCUUGGCGCUGUCGCUGGAGAGGGAGGGCCGGCUGCCGUCGGCCAAAAGCCAAGGAGCCCUCAGUGACCGUGGGAUCCACGACACCUCCACUUCACUGUCUCUACACAGCCAGGGCAGCAUCAGUACCAGCUCAGACACAAGGACAGUACCACUGGACUCCAGGUUCCUUGCCUGGGAGUAGGAGAAAUCCACCUGCUGGGGGCUGAGUGCAGCUUGAAGGACAGGCCCUGGGUCCCGGGAUGCCCCUGCCCGAGUCCAACGAGCAGGAGGGCGAGAGCGUGAAGGCUGGCCAGGAGCCAUCUCCCAAGCCAGGCACAGACGUCGUCCCUGCAACAGCAGCCCCGAGGAAGCCCAGAAAGUUCUCCAAACUGGUCCUGCUCACAGCCUCCAAAGACAGCGCCAAGGUGGAGGGGGCCAAGCGCAAGGGCGUGCACUGUGUCAUGUCCCUGGGGGUGCCGGGCCCCGCCACUCUUGCCAAGGCCCUCCUCCAGACCCACCCUGAGGCCCAGAGGGCCAUCGAGGCGCCCCCACAGGAGCCUGAGCAGAAACGCAGCAGGCAGGACCCAGGCGCAGGCGGAAAAGAAGACAGUGGAUUAGCAGCGGGGCCUCCUGAGGCUGCCGGAGAGAACUCUGUCCUCUGCCCCGUGGUGCCAGGCACAUCCUUGUAACCUUGACAACAGGUGCAUCCUCCCAGCAUCGUUUCUGCUGCUUGAUGCCCACUGCAGGGAUGAGUGAAAGCACCAGCUCCAAUGGCCAGACACAUCCCCGUUGCUUCCAGGUUGUAAGCAAUCCUGAAAUAGCCCUGUAUGUUCCUAGGACAUAGUUCUGGCAGUGAGAUUGCCACACUGGAAGGAUGCAACUUACGUUCAACCCAUGGCCUGCGAAUGCCAACUCUCCAGCAUUUGUCCACACCCAGUUUUAUCGUUAAGAAGAAAACAGUAAUAACGCAUCCUCCGCUUGGCACUUGUGUGCGCAGACUCUUCACUUUUCACCUGGAGGUCUCAUUUUCCUUGGACAGCACCAAACGCUCUGCAGGGCCUCAUCCGGGUUCAGGGUCGGAAACUGGAGACGAUGUUCCUGGCGGCCGGGAGAGGGCGCGCGCGGACUCAGCGGCCGCCUAGCAGUCUCCCCAGGACGCAGGCAGGGCGCGCAACCUGGAGUGCGGUUCUGCCCCGCAGCCUCCGUCCCGCUCCGCCCUCCCGCCUGAUGCCCACCUGGGCUCCUGAAGACCCAGACACCGGCUCUAAGUUGCUUUC